GGCGUCGCGCACACACAGGCGGCGGCGCUCGGAGGCGGACGACACCGCUCUCUGUGCCCGUGGCUCCGGCCCCGCGCUCCUCUCUCGCUCCUGCGGCCCAAAGUAACUUCGGGAGCUGCGGUCUCCCGCCAACUUCUCCCGCGGGCUCGGUUGCCCGGAGCCGCUCGGCUCGAGCCCGCGGCCGGCUCGCCUUCCUUGCGCGUGGCUCCAAAACUGAAUGAGAGAGCGCGCGGGGCGCGCGGCGGCACGGAGCGCGGCGGCAUGGAGCGCAGCUGCUGGACGCCGCGGACUCUGGUCCUGGCCAUGCUGCUGCUGGCGACAUUGAGGGCGCGCGCGGCCACCGGCUACUACCCGCGCUUCUCGCCCUUCUUUUUCCUGUGCACCCACCACGGGGAGCUGGAAGGGGAUGGGGAGCAGGGCGAGGUCCUCAUUUCCCUGCACAUUGCGGGCAACCCCACCUACUACGUACCGGGACAGGAAUACCAUGUUACCAUUUCAACAAGCACCUUCUUCGACGGCUUGUUGGUGACGGGACUGUAUACCUCUACAAGUGCUCAGUCUUCUCAGAGCGUUGGAGGCGCCAGUGCUUUUGGAUUUGGGAUCAUGUCUGACCACCAGUUUGGUAACCAGUUUAUGUGCAGCGUGGUGGCCUCUCAUGUGAGUCACCUGCCGACAACCAACCUCAGCUUUGUCUGGAUCGCUCCCCCAGCUGGCACAGGCUGUGUGAAUUUCAUGGCGACCGCGACACACAGGGGCCAAGUGAUUUUCAAAGAUGCCUUAGCCCAGCAGUUGUGUGAGCAAGGAGCUCCCACGGAAGCCAGUGCUCAAUUUCACCUCGCCGAAAUGCACAGUGACACUGUGAUCCUACGGGACGACUUUGACUCCUACCAUCAACUGGAAUUAAAUCCCAACAUAUGGGCUGAAUGCAGCAACUGUGAGAUUGGAGAGCAGUGUGGUACCAUCAUGCAUGGCAAUGCCGUGACCUUCUGUGAGCCAUAUGGUCCUCGGGAGCUGACCACCACAAGCCUGAACACGACAACAGCAUCUGUUCUCCAGUUUUCCAUCGGGUCAGGAUCCUGCCGAUUUAGUUAUUCUGACCCCAGCAUCACUGUGUCAUAUGCCAAGAACAACACUGCCGACUGGAUUCAGCUCGAGAAAAUCAGAGCCCCUUCCAACGUCAGCACCAUCAUCCACAUCCUCUACCUUCCGGAAGAAGCCAAGGGGGAGAACGUGCAGUUCCAGUGGAAGCAGGAAAGCCUGCGUGUAGAUGAGGUGUACGAAGCCUGCUGGGCCUUGGACAACAUCCUGGUCAUCAAUGCCGCCCACCGACAAGUCAUCCUGGAAGACAACCUCGACCCAGUGGACACGGGCAACUGGCUCUUCUUUCCUGGAGCAACGGUCAAGCAUAGCUGUCAAUCAGAUGGGAACUCCAUUUAUUUCCAUGGAAAUGAAGGCAGCGAGUUCAAUUUUGCCACCACCCGGGAUGUAGAUCUUUCUUCAGAGGAUAUUCAGGAACAGUGGUCAGAAGAAUUUGAGAGCCAGCCCACAGGAUGGGACAUCUUGGGAGCUGUCAUUGGUGCAGAAUGUGGAACCAUAGAAUCAGGUCUGUCUCUGGUGUUCCUCAAAGAUGGAGAAAGGAAACUAUGCACUCCCUACAUGGAUACAACUGGUUAUGGAAACCUGAGGUUCUAUUUCGUCAUGGGAGGCAUCUGUGACCCUGGAGACUCCCAUGAAAACGAUGUGAUCUUGUAUGCCAAGACUGAGGGAAGGAAAGAGCAUUUUGUGCUGGAUACACUUUCUUAUUCCUCCUAUAAGGUUCCAUCUUUGCUUUCUGUAGUCAUCAACCCUGAACUUCAGACGCCUGCUACCAAAUUUUGUCUCAGGCAAAAGAACCACCAAGGGCACAAUCGGAAUGUCUGGGCUGUGGACUUCUUCCACGUGCUACCGGUUCUGCCGUCUACAAUGUCACACAUGAUACAGUUUUCUAUUAAUCUGGGAUGUGGGACGCACCAGCCUGGAAACAGUGUCAGCUUGGAGUUUUCUACUAACCACGGACGUUCCUGGUCCCUGCUCCACACUGAGUGCUUGCCUGAGGUCUGUGCAGGGCCCCACCUCCCACACAGUACCACCUACUCCUCUGAAAACUACAGUGGGUGGAACCGGAUCACCAUCCCCCUCCCUAACGCAGCGCUCACCCGUGAGACCAGGCUCCGCUGGAGACAGACAGGAACAAUCCUCGGGAACAUGUGGGCGAUUGAUAAUGUUUAUAUAGGUCCAUCGUGUCUCAAAUUCUGUUCUGGCAGAGGACAGUGCACUCGACAUGGUUGCAAGUGCGACCCAGGAUUUUCCGGCCCAGCCUGCGAGAUGGCAUCCCAGACAUUCCCGAUGUUUAUUUCGGAAAGCUUUGGCAGCUCUAGGCUCUCCUCUUACCAUAACUUUUACUCUAUCCGUGGUGCUGAAGUCAGCUUUGGCUGUGGUGUCUUAGCCAGCGGGAAGGCACUGGUUUUCAACAAAGAUGGGCGCAGGCAGCUGAUCACAUCUUUUCUGGACAGCUCCCAGUCCCGGUUUCUGCAGUUCAUGCUACGCCUGGGGAGCAGGUCUGUGCUGAGCACAUGCAAGGCCCCCGACCAGCCUGGGGAAGGAGUCUUACUGCACUAUUCUUACGACAAUGGGAUAACAUGGAAACUUCUGGAACACUAUUCCUACCUCAGCUACCAUGAGCCCAGGAUCAUCUCUGUAGAACUGCCAGAUGACGCGAGACAGUUUGGAAUCCAGUUCAGAUGGUGGCAGCCCUACCACUCCUCCCAAGGAGAAGACGUGUGGGCUAUCGACGAGAUUGUCAUGGCCUCUGUCCUGUUCGACAGCAUCAGUCUCGACUUUACCAAUCUGGUGGAGGUCACUCAGUCUCUGGGAUUCUACCUUGGGAACGUUCAGCCGUACUGCGGUCAUGACUGGACACUUUGUUUUACAGGAGAUUCUAAACUGGCGUCAAGCAUGCGCUAUGUGGAAACACAGUCAAUGCAGAUCGGAGCCUCCUACAUGAUUCAGUUUAGCCUGGUGAUGGGGUGUGGCCAGAAAUACACCGCUGACAUUGACAACCAGGUGAAGCUGGAGUUCUCAGCCAACCAUGGCCUUACGUGGCACCUGGUCCAAGAAGAGUGCCUUCCCAGUAUGCCAAGUUGCCAAGAAUUUACAUCUGCCAGUAUUUACCAUGCCAGUGAGUUCACACAGUGGAGGAGAGUCAUUGUUCUUCUUCCCCAGAAAACCUGGUCCAGCGCCACCCGCUUCCGCUGGAGUCAGAGCUACUACACAGCCCAGGAUGAGUGGGCUUUAGACAGCAUUUACAUUGGGCAGCAGUGCCCCAACAUGUGCAACGGGCAUGGCUCAUGCGACCACGGCGUGUGCAGGUGUGACCAGGGAUACCAAGGGACCGAGUGCCUCCCAGAGGCUGCUCUUCCUUCCACAAUUAUGUCAGAUUUUGAGAACCCAAACGGUUGGGAGUCUGACUGGCAGGAAGUUAUCGGCGGAGAAAUUGUAAAGCCCGAGCAAGGCUGUGGGGUCAUUUCUUCUGGAUCGUCUCUCUACUUCAGCAAGGCUGGGCAAAGACAGCUGGUGAGCUGGGAUCUGGACACGUCCUGGGUGGACUUUGUCCAGUUUUACAUCCAGAUAGGCGGAGAGAGCGCUGCAUGCAACAAGCCCGACAGUAGAGAGGAGGGGGUCCUCCUCCAGUACAGCAACAACGGGGGCAUCCAGUGGCACCUGCUGGCAGAGAUGUACUUCUCCGACUUCAGCAAACCCAGAUUUGUCUAUCUGGAGCUCCCAGCAGCCGCCAGGACCCCUUGUACCAGGUUCCGCUGGUGGCAGCCGGUGUUCUCCGGGGAAGACUACGACCAGUGGGCUCUCGAUGAUAUCAUCAUCCUGUCAGAGAAGCAGAAGCAGGUUAUCCCCUUCGUCAACCCGACUUUGCCCCAGAACUUUUAUGAGAAGCCGGCUUUUGACUACCCUAUGAAUCAGAUGAGUGUGUGGUUGAUGUUGGCCAACGAAGGGAUGGCUACAAACGGCAGUUUCUGUGCGGCCACACCUUCAGCCAUGGUGUUUGGAAAGUCGGACGGAGACCGGUUUGCUGUAACCCGAGAUCUGACCCUGAAACCUGGAUAUGUGCUCCAGUUCAAGCUGAACAUAGGGUGUGCCAGCCAGUUCAGCAGCGCUGCCCCGGUUCUCCUGCAGUACUCUCAUGACGCGGGCAUGUCCUGGUUUCUGGUGAAGGAAGGGUGCUUUCCAGCUUCAGCAGGCAAAGGAUGUGAAGGGAACUCCCGGGAACUGAGUGAGCCCACCGUCUAUUAUACUGGGGACUUCGAAGAAUGGACAAGAAUCACCAUUGCCAUUCCAAGGUCCCUGGCAUCCAGUAAGACCAGAUUCCGAUGGAUCCAAGAGAGCAGCGCGCAGAAGAACGUGCCCCCCUUUGGCUUGGAUGGAGUGUACAUAUCAGAACCUUGUCCCAGUUACUGCAGUGGCCACGGAGACUGCAUCUCGGGCGUGUGUUUCUGUGACCUGGGAUACACGGCUGCCCAAGGGACCUGUGUGUCAAACAUCCCCAACCACAGUGAGAUGUUCGAUAGGUUCGAAGGGAAGCUGAGCCCACUGUGGUACAAGAUAACAGGAGGUCAGGUUGGGACCGGUUGUGGGACUCUCAACGAUGGCAGGUCCCUCUACUUCAAUGGCCUUGGGAAACGGGAAGCCAGAACAGUGCCUCUGGACACCAGGAAUAUCAGACUUGUUCAGUUUUACGUACAAAUCGGAAGUAAAACAUCAGGAAUCACGUGUAUCAAGCCGCGGGCUAGAAAUGAGGGGCUGGUUGUUCAGUACUCAAAUGACAACGGGAUACUCUGGCAUCUGCUCCGAGAGUUGGACUUCAUGUCGUUUCUGGAGCCUCAGAUCAUCUCCAUUGACCUGCCGCGGGAGGCCAAGACACCUGCCACUGCUUUCCGGUGGUGGCAGCCGCAGCACGGGAAGCAUUCAGCCCAAUGGGCUUUGGAUGAUGUCCUUAUCGGAGUGAAUGACAGCUCUCAAACUGGAUUUCAAGACAAAUUUGACGGCUCUAUAGACUUGCAAGCCAAUUGGUAUCGAAUCCAAGGAGGCCAAGUGGAUAUUGACUGUGUCUCUAUGGACACUGCCCUGAUAUUCACUGAAAACAUAGGAAAACCUCGUUAUGCCGAGACCUGGGAUUUUCAUGUGUCGGCAUCCAGCUUCUUACAGUUUGAGAUGAGCAUGGGCUGCAGCAAGCCCUUCAGCAGCGCCCACAGCGUGCAGCUCCAGUAUUCCCUGAACAACGGCAAGGACUGGCAUCUCGUCACCGAGGAGUGUGUCCCUCCGACCAUCGGCUGCCCGCACUACACGGAGAGCUCAAUUUACACCUCGGAAAGAUUCCAGAGCUGGAGACGGGUCACGGUCUACCUUCCGCUCGCCACCAAUUCGCCCAGAACGCGGUUCAGAUGGAUUCAGGCCAACUACACCACCGGAGGAGAUUCCUGGGCUCUCGAUAAUGUUGUUCUGGCCUCGGGGUGUCCUUGGAUGUGUUCAGGAAAGGGGACUUGUGAUGCUGGACGCUGUGUGUGUGACCGGGGCUUUGGUGGACCCUACUGUGUGCCUGUGGUUCCCCUUCCCUCCAUCCUGAAAGAUGACUUCAAUGGGAACUUGCAUCCUGACCUUUGGCCUGAAGUGUAUGGUGCAGAGAGGGGGAAUCUGAAUGGUGAGACCAUCAAAUCCGGAACAUCUCUGAUCUUCAAAGGGGAGGGACUAAGAAUGCUCAUCUCAAGGGACCUAGACUGCACCAACACUAUGUAUGUGCAGUUCUCACUCCGGUUUAUAGCCAAAGGUACUCCAGAGAGGUCCCACUCCAUCCUCUUACAGUUCUCAGUCAACGGAGGGAUCACCUGGCACCUGAUGGAUGAGUUCUACUUCCCACAAACGACCAAUAUACUUUUCAUGAACGUCCCCUUGCCGUAUAGCGCCCAGACCAAUGCUACAAGAUUCAGACUCUGGCAGCCGUACAGCAAUGGUAAGAAAGAAGAAAUCUGGAUUGUUGAUGACUUCAUUGUCGACGGAAACAAUCUGAACAACCCUGUGAUGCUCCUGGAUACCUUCGACUUUGGGCCCCGAGAAGACAACUGGUUUUUCUACCCAGGGGGUAACAUCGGUCUUUACUGUCCAUAUUCUUCGAAGGGAGCUCCCGAGGAAGACUCAGCCAUGGUGUUUGUGUCCAAUGAAGUUGGUGAGCACUCCAUCACCACCCGUGACCUAAGCGUAAACGAGAACACCAUCAUCCAGUUUGAGAUCAAUGUCGGAUGCUCCACUGAUAGUUCGUCUGCUGAUCCUGUCAGACUGGAAUUUUCCAGGGACUUCGGAGCCACCUGGCACCUGCUGCUACCCCUCUGCUACCACAGCAGCGUCCACGUCAGCUCCUUAUGCUCCACCGAGCACCACCCCAGCAGCACCUACUACGCAGGGACCACCCAGGGCUGGCGGAGGGAAGUCGUGCACUUCGGGAAGCUGCACCUUUGCGGGUCCGUGCGUUUCCGAUGGUACCAGGGAUUUUACCCUGCCGGCUCGCAGCCUGUCACGUGGGCCAUCGACAAUGUCUACAUUGGUCCCCAGUGCGAAGAGAUGUGCAGUGGGCAUGGGAGCUGCAUCAAUGGGACCAAAUGCAUCUGUGACCCAGGCUACUCUGGUCCAACCUGCAAAAUAAGCACCAAAAAUCCUGACUUCCUCAAAGACGAUUUUGAAGGUCAACUGGAAUCCGACAGAUUCUUACUGAUGAGUGGCGCGAAGCCUUCUAGGAAGUGUGGGAUCCUGUCCAGUGGGAACAACCUCUUCUUCAAUGAGGAUGGCUUGCGUAUGCUGGUGACUCGGGACCUGGACUUGUCACAUGCCAGGUUUGUGCAGUUCUUCGUGAGACUGGGCUGUGGUAAAGGUGUGCCAGACCCCAGGAGCCAGCCCGUGCUUCUACAGUAUUCUCUCAAUGGCGGCCUCUCCUGGAGUCUCCUUCAAGAGUUCCUCUUCAGCAACUCCAGCAACGUGGGCAGGUACAUCGCCUUGGAGAUGCCCCUGAAGGCCCGCUCUGCUUCCACGCGCCUCCGCUGGUGGCAGCCGUCUGAAAAUGGGCACUUCUAUAGCCCCUGGGUGAUCGACCAGAUUCUCAUUGGAGGAAACAUCUCUGGCAAUACAGUCCUGGAAGAUGAUUUCUCAACUCUGGACAGCAGGAAGUGGCUGCUUCACCCAGGGGGCACCAAGAUGCCCGUGUGUGGCUCCACAGGCGAUGCCCUUGUCUUCAUUGAAAAGGCCAGCACCCGCUACGUGGUCACCACAGACAUUGCCGUGAACGAGGACUCAUUCCUGCAGAUAGAUUUUGCUGCCUCCUGCUCAGUCACGGACUCUUGCUAUGCUAUUGAACUUGAAUACUCGGUGGAUCUGGGGCUAUCGUGGCACCCGUUGCUGAGGGACUGCCUGCCCACUAACGUCGAGUGCAGCCGCUACCACCUGCAGCGGAUCCUGGUGUCAGACACUUUCAACAAGUGGACCAGAAUCACCCUGCCCCUGCCUCCUUACACCAGGUCUCAGGCCACUCGCUUCCGCUGGCACCAACCAGCACCUUUCGACAAGCAGCAGACGUGGGCCAUCGAUAACGUCUAUAUUGGGGAUGGUUGUCUAGACAUGUGCAGUGGCCACGGGAGAUGCAUCCAGGGAAGCUGUGUCUGUGAUGAGCAGUGGGGAGGCCUAUACUGUGAUGAGCCUAUGACCUCCCUUCCAACCCAGCUCAAAGACAACUUCAAUCGUGCGCCCUCCAACCAGAACUGGCUGACUGUGAAUGGCGGGAAACUGAGUACCGUGUGUGGAGCCGUGGCUUCAGGACUGGCUCUGCACUUCAGUGGGGGCUGUAGCAGAUUGCUGGUCACUGUGGAUCUGAAUCUCACCAACGCUGAGUUUAUCCAGUUCUACUUCAUGUACGGAUGCCUCAUCACACCGAGCAACCGUAACCAAGGGGUCCUCCUGGAGUACUCUGUCAACGGGGGCAUCACCUGGAACUUGCUGAUGGAGAUUUUCUAUGAUCAGUACAGCAAACCUGGGUUCGUGAACAUCCUCCUCCCUCCCGAUGCUAAAGAGAUUGCUACUCGCUUCCGCUGGUGGCAGCCGCGACAUGACGGCCUAGACCAGAAUGACUGGGCCAUUGACAACGUCCUCAUCUCGGGCUCUGCUGACCAGAGGACAGUCAUGCUGGACACGUUUAGCAGCGCCCCCGUGCCCCAGCAUGAGCGCUCCCCCGCAGAUGCUGGCCCCGUGGGAAGAAUUGCUUUCGACAUGUUCAUGGAGGACAAGACUUCAGGUGAUUUGUUCACUGAUGCUGGACGGAAGUGCAUUGAAGUUACUACCGUCAUAAGCUUAAAGCGGUAUCUCAUAUUAAGCCAUAAGCGUAAGGUGAUCUCUGUUGGAUGCAAAGUGUCUGAAAAGAUUGCCCAGAAUCAAAUCCAUGUGCAGUACUCUACUGACUUUGGUGUGAGCUGGAACUACCUAGUCCCUCAAUGCUUGCCUGCCGAUCCAAAAUGCUCUGGAAUUGUCUCACAGCCUUCUGUGUUCUUCCCGACGAAGGGCUGGAAAAGGAUCACCUACCCACUUCCUGAAAGCUUAGUGGGAAAUCCCGUAAGGUUUCGGUUCUACCAAAAGUACUCAGAUGUGCAGUGGGCAAUUGACAAUUUCUACCUUGGCCCUGGCUGCUUGGACAACUGCCGAGGCCACGGCGACUGUCUGAAGGAACAGUGCAUCUGUGACCCAGGGUACUCGGGGCCAAACUGCUACUUAACUCACAUGCUGAAGACCUUCCUGAAGGAGCGCUUUGACAGUGAGGAAAUCAAGCCUGACCUCUGGAUGUCCUUAGAAGGCGGAAGCACUUGCACGGAGUGUGGGAUUCUCGCCGAGAACACCGCGCUCUAUUUUGGGGGCUCCACCGUGAGACAGGCUAUCACUCAAGACUUAGAUCUCAGAGGUGCAAAGUUCCUACAGUACUGGGGGCGCAUCGGCAGCGAGAACAACAUGACCUCUUGCCAUCGGCCCGUCUGCCGGAAGGAAGGAGUACUGCUGGAUUACUCCAAGGAUGGAGGAAUUACUUGGACUUUGCUCCACGAGAUGGAUUUCCAGAAAUACAUUUCUGUGAGGCAUGACUACAUCCUCCUUCCUGAGGACGCCCUCACCAAUACAACUCGGCUCCGCUGGUGGCAGCCUUUUGUGAUCAGCAACGGGAUUGUGGUUGCCGGGGUGGAGCGCGCGCAGUGGGCGCUGGACAACAUUCUGAUCGGUGGAGCCGAGAUCAAUCCAAGCCAACUGGUGGACACCUUCGAUGAUGAAGGAUCUUCCCAUGAAGAAAAUUGGAGUUUUUACCCUAACGCAGUAAGGACAGCAGGCUUCUGUGGCAACCCGUCCUUCCAUCUCUACUGGCCGAACAAAAAGAAGGACAAGACCCACAAUGCUCUCUCCUCCCGCGAGCUCAUCAUCCAGCCGGGAUACAUGAUGCAAUUUAAAAUUGUGGUGGGUUGUGAAGCCUCUUCGUGUGGUGACCUUCACUCUGUAAUGCUGGAAUACACUAAGGAUGCAAGCUCUGACUCCUGGCAGCUUGUGCAGACCCAGUGCCUGCCCUCCUCCUCCAACAGCCUCGGCUGCUCCCCAUUCCAGUUCCACGAAGCCACCAUUUACAACGCUGUCAACAGCUCAAGCUGGAAAAGGAUCACCAUCCAGCUUCCGGACCACGUCUCCUCAAGUGCCACACAGUUCCGCUGGAUCCAGAAAGGGGAAGAAACUGAGAAGCAAAGCUGGGCCAUCGACCACGUCUACAUCGGAGAAGCCUGUCCCAAGCUGUGCAGCGGGCAUGGCUACUGCACCACUGGUGCUGUCUGCAUCUGCGACGAGAGCUUCCAAGGGGAUGAUUGCUCCGUCUUCAGUCACGAGCUUCCAAGUUACAUUAAAGAUAAUUUUGAAUCAGCAAGAGUCACUGAAGCCAACUGGGAAACGAUCCAGGGCGGCGCCAUCGGAAGUGGCUGUGGACAGCUGGCACCCUAUGCCCACGGAGACUCACUCUACUUCAAUGGCUGUCAGAUAAGACAAGCUGCUACCAAGCCACUGGAUCUCACUCGAGCAAGCAAAAUUAUGUUUGUCUUACAAAUUGGGAGCACAUCCCAGACAGACAGUUGCAACAGUGACCUCAGCGGCCCCCACGCAGUGGACAAGGCUGUGCUGCUGCAGUACAGCGUCAACAAUGGCAUCACCUGGCAUGUCAUCGCUCAGCACCAGCCAAAGGACUUUAUGCAGGCUCAGCGGGUGUCUUACAACGUCCCUCUGGAGGCGCGGGUGAAAGGAGUGUUGCUGCGCUGGUGGCAGCCGCGUCACAAUGGAACAGGUCAUGAUCAGUGGGCUUUGGACCAUGUGGAGGUCGUCCUAGUAAGCACUCGAAAACAAAAUUACAUGAUGAAUUUUUCACGGCAGCAUGGGCUCAGGCACUUCUACAGCAGAAGAAGAAGGUCGCUUAGGCCCCACCCAUGAAGAAGCCAAGUUGAUUCCCCUUCUGGCGUGUGCGAUGUGUCACUUCCUGUUCUUUUUGAAACCCCUCUCACUGCUUCGCGUAUCGGGAGACACCUGUGAAGGACUUGUCUAACAGAGAACCCUUCCGGACCGCGUGCACACCACUGUCCUACACUGUGAACUAACAGCGAGUCGCCUCUCUGUGUACAAUGUUUCGUGUCGGUGCGUCUGCGGGAAUUGUGACCUCUUGUAAUUUGCGGUGUCAGUAUUAAGAAUAAGAAAUAGUUUAACAGGAAAAGAAGUCUAAGCACAAAGUUUUAAAGAUUUUACUUUUAAAAUGGCGUUUUAGCACAGUAUUGAGCAUUCCCUGGUCACCAAGCUAUUUAAGUAGACUGUAUUUCAGCUUUGUAUCUUGUUUUGUAUGAUUAAGUUAUCAUUGUCCGUCCUCUGUGGUCCCCUCUGCAGUACAACGCAUUGAAACCGUAUCUACUUGCUAUGUUGCAAUGGUUUGCUGCUGGACUAUGCUCUACUUGUAUUCUGCAGGAAGUUAAUUCAAAUACCUAUUCAAGAUGAUAGCUGUAAAGACACUGUUAUCUCCUUUAAUGUGCUCUUUAACAUGUAUGCUGAUUUAGCAUCAUUUUGUGGAUAGUAAAGACGUUGGACCUUCAAAUAUUUUCUACUUAAAAAUUGUGGAUGAGCACCCUAUGUCCCUCCCACAACGAAGCUCCGGUCACCUUGUCUAAAACCAUUUCUUCAAGUGUUCUGUGGCUAUCUACUAACAAUGAGUGCCAUUGUGUGUCUGUGAUAACGAAGUGAUUUGUAACAUGGUGGAUGGUCUUCUCCUUGUGUUCUCUUCAUGGGUUGUUUUCCCUGUGGGUCAUAUUCACACCUUCUGGUGGAGUUGAGCCACACCAGCACCCUGUAGCCCCAGACUAGCCAUGAGGCAGAAGGCUGUGCUCCAGGGUGGGCCAUGCUAAAAGCCCGUGCUUAAAUAAAAAUCAUGUCUGAACCAUCUGAA